CGGAACAAUAAUUAGUUGACACCCUGGUUACACACACGUGCGUUAACAGUGUGGUGUUUGUGGGGAUACGCUUCUAAACGGCACCGUAGUUACUGUAACGUUAGAUAUCUACUGUAUAAAAGCUGGAACAUGUUGAAAUCUAAAACGUUUGUAAAGAAAACUCGUUCUGGUGGAGUGUUGAAGAUAGUGCGCGAACAUUACCUACGAGAUGACAUCUGGUGUGGAAGUGAAGUUUGUAGGGAGUGCAAAGAUGAAGCCCCAGUUCUGCAGGAGGAUGCAUGCUUAAAGAGCAGCCUGUGCCCAUUUUCCCACUACUUAAUCCCAGACACCAAUGUAGUUUUACAUCAGAUUGAGAUCCUUGAAGACCCUCUGAUUAGAAAUGUCAUCAUCCUUCAGACAGUUUUACAAGAGGUGAGACACAGGAGCGCCCCAGUCUAUAAAAGAAUCAAGGAUGUUAUUCAUGACAAGGAAAAGCAUUUCUACACCUUUACCAAUGAGCAUCACAGGGGUACCUUUAUUGAUCGCGAGCAAGGAGAGAGCGCUAACGAUCGCAAUGAUCGAGCCAUUCGUGUUGCUACUACAUGGUACACAGACCACCUUGCCAAAGCAACCCAUGAUGGCACCCUAAAAGUGGUUAUGCUGACCAAUGAUUGUGCCAACAAAGAAAAAGCAGAGCAGCAUGGUUUACUAGUGUACAAAUGUGAGGAGUACGUCAAAAGCUUGAUUGGCCACCCUGAGCUUGUGGACAGACUGGCAUUAACAUCUGAUGAUCAAAAUGACAUCACUGGCAGUAAGUCGCUGUUUUCAGAGCACCUGCCAUUAUCCAGGAUCCAGGCUGGCAUUAAGAAUGGUAUAUUCCUUCAGGGCACAUUCCAUGCAAAUAGAGACAACUAUUUUGAGGGUACGGUCUCCAUACAGCGAGAUGACAAAGGUAUAACUGAGGUUCUGCUUCAAGGGCUUCAGAACUUAAACCGGGCUGUGCAUCAAGAUGUGGUGGCUGUUGAACUCUUUCCAAAGGAACGCUGGGCUGCUCCCUUAUCUGUUGUACUACAGGAUGAUGGUCCAAAUGAUGAAGAUGCUGAGGAAGAUGAGAUUAAGAAUACGACAGUGAGUAUAGCAUCAGACUCUAUUGAUCUAAAGCCCACUGGACAAGUAGUGGGCAUUAUAAAGCGGAACUGGAGGCCUUUCUGUGGGAUGCUGUCUCAGUCACAGAUCAAAGAGGCAACGAGACACCUUUUCACUCCAGCAGACCGGCGAAUCCCACGGAUUCGUAUUGAGACCCGGCAAGCUGCCACACUAGUGGGUCAGAGAAUUAUGGUUGCCAUAGAUGGCUGGCCCAAAAACUCUAGAUACCCAAAUGGUCACUUUGUAAAAAGCUUGGGUACUGCUGGGGAUAAAGAGACAGAGACAGAGGUGCUUCUUCUUGAGCAUGAUGUUCCUCAUCAGCCCUUUUCCCAAGCUGUGCUUAACAUCCUACCCAAGAUGCCAUGGAGCGUAACUGAGGAGGACAUGAAAGUCCGAGCAGAUCUCAGACACCUGUGUGUGUGUAGUGUUGAUCCUCCUGGCUGUACAGAUAUUGAUGAUGCUCUUCAUUGUCGGGAACUGAAGAAUGGAAACUUGGAGGUUGGUGUUCACAUAGCAGAUGUCAGUCAUUUUAUUCGACCAGGAAAUGCACUAGACCAAGAGGCAGCCAACAGAGGUACCACAGUCUACCUUUGUGGGAAGAGAGUUGACAUGGUCCCUGAACUGCUUAGUUCCAACCUGUGUUCUCUCCGGGCAAACGUUGAGAGGUUAGCAUUCUCAUGUAUUUGGGAGAUGAACUACCUUGCUGAAGUUAUUAACACUCGCUUCACAAAGAGUGUCAUCAACUCCAAGGCCUCACUUACAUAUGCGGAAGCUCAGAUGAGGAUUGAUGACCCCAACAUGAAUGAUGACAUAACAAAGAGCUUGCGGUCUCUUAACAAACUGGCUAAGAUCUUAAAGCGGCAGAGGACUGAUAAAGGAGCACUGAACCUCACUUCUCCUGAAGUGCGUUUCCACAUGGACACUGAAACCCAUGACCCCAUAGAUUUGCAGACCAAAGAACUAAUGGAGACUAAUUCAAUGGUGGAGGAGUUUAUGUUAUUAGCAAAUAUAUCUGUAGCACAGAAGAUAUAUGAUGAGUUCUCUGAGUGUGCUCUACUGAGGAAACAUCCUUCACCACCACCAUCUAAGUUUGACAUCCUCAUCAAGGCUGCUAAAUCAAAGGACAUUGUCAUCCACACAGAUUCAGCCAAAGCUCUUGCUGAUUCCCUGAACAAUGCAACAAUUGAAAGUUUCCCAUACUUCAACACCUUACUAAGGAUUCUGGCCACCCGCUGCAUGAUGCAAGCUGUGUAUUUCUGCUCUGGCAUGGACAGUGAUUUCCACCAUUAUGGCCUGGCCUCACCCAUAUACACACACUUCACAUCACCCAUCAGGAGAUAUGCUGAUAUCAUGGUUCAUCGUCUGUUAGCGGUGGCUAUUAAUGCGGACAGCACAUACCCUGAUUUGAUGAACAAACACAGGCAGUCAGCCCUAUGCAACAACCUUAACUACAGGCACACAAUGGCCCAGUAUGCACAGAGAGCCUCUGUGGCAUUCCACACUCAGCUGUUUUUCAAGAAUAAGGGAAUCAUAAAUGAAGAAGGAUUCAUUCUAUUUGUAAGAAAAAAUGCUAUCAUCGUCCUCAUUACUAAAUUUGGAUUUGAGGGCACUGUGUUCUUUGAGAACAAGGACAAACCUUAUCCUCAUCUAAGCUUUGACUCAGAGAGUCCCACACUAACAGUGGAGGGACACACCUUUCACAUGUUUGAUAAAGUCAAAGUGACUAUCAGCCUUGACGCUUUCAACAUCCAGCACCAGAGGAUCAGAAUGGCACUCAUUGAACCAGUGAUCCCUGGGAUUAGUGUAUCUUUGCCCGAGACUGAACCAGAGGCCAAAAAACUCAAGCUGAACUGCUAACACCUCAUCUUGCUACUCAAAGAAAAAUUUUAAUUGGCUAUACGUAACCAGAAAAGCUGUUUCUGUUCAUAGUUUUUUCACAGGAACCCUGAAAUAUAGUUAAACAUGACUUUACUUGAAAUGUACUUGUACUACAUUCUAAUGAAGCCAUUCCCUGCAGUGCACUAUAGAAUUCAAGUAUGUUCUGGUUUUGUCAUCUCUGCAUGAUGGAUCAGCAGUUUAUUGUCAGUAAAGAAAUAAAAAAUAAAUGUAGUUUUUCUU